AUGGAAGGAUGUCUUUUCUAUCCGUGACAAAUUUUCCAUGCAACUUUAAGACUAAAGCUGUUGCAUUAUGGCAGAUGCAGCUUUUUCUCAGAAGUCAGCAUGAAGAAGGCAGGUCACUUUCAGACGGCGAGGGAGGGAGGAUGUUGUUGCUGGAGGAAAGGAGGGACAGAGAGGGGUGAAUGAAAGUUUUAGGAUUGGAGAAAGAGGCAGGGGAACUCACUGUGUUAGUCUGAGACAAAACUGUGGCUGUCACAUCAAACACCCGCAGAAAACUCAAGUCAGGGUAGGAAAAACAUCGUUUUUUGAUUGUGAUUUGGUUUUACAUUUGCCUGGAUGUCUACCAAUGGAUGUUUUUUACAACAAAAAUAUGCCUUAAUUUGACUAAAAUGCACAUGGAAUCUGUACAAUGGAUGAAGGUGAACGGCGAUCAUGGAGGCUGGUGAGAGAAUGACAGCGCAGAGAGACCCCAUCUACUCCACUGUCAACAGACUGAAACAAAGUUGUCUUGAGAGAAGUUCCUCAGAGAAAAACCGAAGAUCUGGGAGAAGACGAGAGGAUACGCCAAAACCGCCCUUCACCCCGUUAGAGAAUCUGCAGCCAUUAGAGAUGGCUCACAGAGGGCCCGCUUUAGACCCUCAAAGCAGUGACGGCGCUCUCACUUUAGCAUCCAAGUCGUCCAGAUCCAACAACAUCAAGGAGAAGAUAUCUUUGUGGGAAGGCAAGGAGACGACUCAUGUGGGCACCUUGGGAAAAAGUGUCACCGUGAAGCGGACAGACUCCCUCCCGAAAACACAACAAGCUCUAGAAAAGCAGAGAGUGGUGAGCAAGGAAAAGGAAGAUUUGGGGAAAGGAAAUGCGGAUCUGCGGUCCUGCUCACCUGUUGAAGUGCUCAAACAUGAUGGGACGGUUGACAACCAAGCGAGGGAUGACUGUAAAAGAGUUCCCAAAGAAAAGCAUGCCCCAGAGAAAGAAAACGUAGAACAUUCCAGGGAUUUAAGGCCUAGUUCCUCUGGAAUUGAGCAGGUGGGGAGUCUCAGAAAAGUAGGUGACAGGAGAACGACCCAACAAGCAAACCAGGAGAAAAGGGACGUGUUCAGUCUUUUUAAAAAACUGGAGGUGAUGGGGGACAACCACCAGAAGAUGCCUCCAGAACUUGGAAACUACUUCAGUCCACCGGGAAAGGAUAUCAAGGUGGAAGCAAAGGCAAAAGAAAAUGAGAAUUCUGGGAAGGAAGGAGAGACGAAGCGUCAGGAGAAUGUGUACGCACAACCCGGAGCACCUCCUAUCAACCCCAUUCCCAAACCCAAACGUACCUUCCAGCAUCCGGCGGCAGCUCUGAUGGGAAAGAACCAGACGGACGGGAGAGGGCAGAGGAACCUGCCCCCGCUACCACCACUCUCCUUGAAAAGCUCCUCAAAACCUCCAUCCGGGUUCUACGGGAGACCCAGAACUGUUCAAGACAGCAGCAACAGGAGAUCAGUGGAGCUGGAGGAUCUCCUGGGGACGAACAGUCUUCUGUUCAGCCGCUCACUUUCUCAGGAGCAUCACUAUGAAGACAUCCUGGAUUUGUCCAAGGAGAACGUGUAUGAAGACAUAGAGCUGGAGAGUCAGUGCUCCCAGCAGUCGGUACCCUCUUCUCCUGGUGCAGACAUCAGCAAGGCCCACAGACCUGCUUUCUUUAGGCAGAAUUCCGGCCGGAGCUUCAAGCUUUUAGACUUAAAGAAAGCUCACCAGCAGGUCCAGAGAACCAACAGUGGAGGGGUUGCAUCUCUGCUCCACCUCAGCCCUCCAUCCACCCCCACCGGAGCAGAUCAGAACCCAUGGCUGGCGGGGGAUCCUUACAGCCGCUCCUGCCGCAGGAUACCAACCGUUGUACUGAGGAUCAACAACAUUUUUGAGGCUCGAAGCCGGAAAAAACGCCUGAGAAGGAUCUAUCAUUAUUCUGAGACGAGUUCAGGGCGAGCGACGGAUGAAAACAGCGACUCUGAAAGCGAGUUUGAGGAGAAAUCUAAAGCUCACCGCCAGCGUCUUGUAUCGGUCCAGUCCAUUCUGAGCCAGUCCAGGCCGGCACAGCUCCACUACAACGGUUCCCACAUCAAAAAAAGUCCUCUGGAUCAGGAACUGCACCAGCGCAGGCUGUUUGAAUACUUCCUGGUCGUGUCACUGCAGAAGUCAAAGGAUCAAUAUCUGCCAGAGGUCACUCAGCAGUUUCCUCCCAAGUUGGAGCGAAGCUUCAAGUUUCUGAGGGAAACAGAAGAUCAGCUGAAGAUUAUUCCUCAGUUCUGUUUCCCUGACGCUAAAGACUGGGAAUCAGUGGAAACAUAUCAAAGUGAGAUGUUUUCCUUUGUUUUGACUGGAGAGGACGGGACCAGGAAGUUCGGAUACUGCCGGCGAUUACUGCCCAGCGGCAAAGGCAAACGCCUGCCUGAAGUCUAUUGCAUCGUUAGCCACCUCGGCUGCUUUAACCUGUUCUCCAAGGUGCUGGACGAGGUGGAGAGGAGGAGGGCUCUGUCUCCUGCUCUGGUGCAGCCGCUGAUGAGAGCCAUCAUGGAGGCCCAGUUUCCAGCUCCUGGCAGAACCAUCAGCAUCAAAACGUUCCUUCCUGGUUCUGGGACGGAGGUGAUGGAGCUCUGUCGGCCCUCAGACUCCCGCCUGGAACACGUUGAUUUCGAAUGUCUGUUCUCCUGCUUGAGCCUGCGCCUCCUCCUCAAGGUCUUCGGCUCUCUCCUGCUCGAAAGACGGAUCAUCUUCACCGCAGACAAACUAAGUACGCUGUCCCAGUGCUGCCAUGCGGUUGUGGCCCUGCUGUAUCCCUUCGUGUGGCAGCACACCUACAUCCCCGUGCUGCCCUCAGCGAUGCUGGACAUCGUCUGCACGCCGACUCCCUUCAUCGUGGGCUUGCUGUCCAGCUCACUGCCCCAGCUCACUGAGCUGCCCCUGGAGGAGGUCCUUGUUGUGGAUCUUGGAAAUAGUCGGUUUCUCAGACAGUUGGAUGAUGAGGACUCAAUCCUUCCUGCUAAACUCCAAUCAGCCCUGGAAAAUAUUCUGGAGAGGAGAAGAGAAUUUUCUAAUGAGCGAGGAGGCAAUAUAAGCAGCGACUCCGGAUAUCUCAGCACAGUCGUGUCGGAGGCUUUUGUUCGCUUCUUUGUGGAGUUAGUCGGUCACUAUCCGCUCUUCAUCACUGGUGAGCGCGAGGAUGGCUAUUCCUCCUCCUCCUCGUCCCCCAUUCCCUGCUCAUUUCAACGAGAGGGCUUUCUGAAAGCCAUCCCGUCCAAGACCGUGCGGCGUUUCCUGGAGGUCUUCAUGGAGACUCAGAUGUUUGGCUGGUUCAUUCAGGAGAGGGAGCUUCACAGGCAGGCGCUCAGAGGACUCUUUGAGGUGAGAGUGCAGGAAUAUCUCGAUUCAAUCCACGAAAAUGAGCACCGGAGGGUCAACAAGUUCCUGAAAGGCCUUGGAAACAAAAUGAAAUUUCUUUCCAAGAAAUAAUCAGCAACAACUUGCUCCGACAGUCAUAAUUUCAAACAAAACAAAGAUGAGGAAAAAAAAUAUGUCCAACACAAGAGGCCCUCAGCUCUCAUCUGCCUGCCUAGCUGUUGGACAGGACAAGUAAAAAAAAAAAAAAAAAAAACAAAGAUGAGGAAAAACUCCCUGCUCAAUCAACAAACAUAAUGGUACAACUGUUUCUGAGAAGCUGUCUGUUUCUCCUUUCCUCACUGUCAUAUGACAAGGUUCUUCUCCCUCCAAGGCUGCCAACGAGAAAAAAAACAGUCAAUUCAACAAUAAAAUACAGUUUUUGUGGAUUUUUGAUGGUUUAAGCGCCAUGUGUAAUAUUUUGUAAAAAAAAAAAAAAAAAAAAAAAAAAAAAACUCCAAGAAGGUGCAGUACUUUCUAAAUCCAUCAGGGGGCAGCAUUGAGUUUUGUCAGGUUUGAUCACCUUGACCUUGACCCUGACUGUGAAUAAUAGAAACAAAAAGCCAACUAACAUAAAACAACAGGCUCUUUUGCUUUCAAACAUUUCCUAAAAAAUGACGACAUGACAAGAGUUUUAAAUAAUUUUUAUGAGGUGAGACCCUGAAUUGAUGUUGAUGCAUGUUCCUACAGACAAAAGGCUUACAAUGCACUUGAUAAAGUACUUUUUUCACCCUAAUCUUUCAAAUUGUAGAUAUUUUUAAACACCUUUUUAGAUAAAAAGGCAAUGACGUACAGGUUACUUUUAAAAGCCUUUAUUUCGUAAAUAGCAGCUCCUAAUGCUGCAUUUAAUUAGGUCAAACGUUUUUAUGUGUCAUUGCAAAACAGCUGAGGUUGACUUGUUUCUAUUUUAGUCUCUGAGUCAUAGAAGGCACGCCUUCUUUGACAUUGAAAUGUAGCACAGGUGCAAGACAGAGGACAUCAAUGCCUUGUCUGAGGAACGUCGUGCAGCCAAGCUGCAAAUAUACUUCUAUUAUUAUUGCAUUAGUUGCCAAUUUACACAAGGGGGAAAACACAACUAUUUUAGGAGACACGUUAUUUUUUAAAGCAGUUAUUCCAAGAUGUAGAACAUGGAACCCUAGUAAGACAGGUAAAAUUUGAUUUGCUUUGAACGUACAUGUGUGAAAGGAGAAUAACACGGUUAUUGUGCCUAACGGUAACAUUGUCGUAUAUGCUUAGUAAUAAUUUAUUGCCAUAACUUACUUAUUUCCUCCUGGCUGGAUGUUUCAAAAAUGAUUCUCAUGUAAAUAUGCAGGAUUUCAUUUAUAACCAAAAAUUCCCUCUGAUGUUUUUCUAAAUAUAUUUCAAAAAGGAAAUAAAUUAGGAAUGUGAGUAAAAAUUUAUUUGUGUUUCAGAAAUAAGUCCAUAACCUUUGGUGGUUUGGAUGGACUUGUCAUAGUUGUAUAAACCCCAGAGCCUAGAACCUAGACGCUGAUGGUGGUUAGAGGCCAGACUAUUCCAAAGCAUCACUACAGGUGGAGAACGGGGGAAGGAGGGCUGGUGAACCAUCUAUAAUGCAGAGAGAGACUAAUCAUACAAUUUAAUCAUACAUUUACAGACAAAAGAUAUGAUCUUAAUUAGCUGAGAAGAAAAGGUGGCAAAUUUAGCAAAUGGUUUUAAAAAAAGGCCUGAUUCAGGGGUGUCCAAUUCCAGCCCUACAUGUUUGCCAACAAACCCGCUAUUAAAACACCUUAUGGGCUAAACACACCUGAUCCAGGUAGUCAACAGCAGAUAAGGCAGAGUUUAUGGUUUACCAGCUGGAGGCCGGAUUAGGACACCCCUGGCCUAAUUGAUGAUGUUCCAACUAGGGCUGGGUAUCACCAUCAUUGUGGGCUGUGUCAGAAUUCCUACCCUAAUCCCUAACUAAUAAAAAGUGUCAUAGUGCCGCACUGUCUAGUGCCGUGGAUUUAAAAACCAAUUUGGACACAACUUUUUUUUUUUAAACGGCGUACAUGAGGUCAUCGAUUUCACGAAGUUAUAAUCUAAUUGAUAGUAGCAUUUUGCGAUGAUCAUUUAUCACUGUCUACUGAUAAUAAAAAUGUUGAUAUUUUAUUUAAAAAAUACAUUUAAAUACAUUUUUUGGCAAAGAUUGUUCCAAUGCAAUGCAUUAUGGUCUAUAUUCACCAAUCUAGUUGGCAUCGAUGCACACUAGUUUUUUGCAGCGACUUUUUGGAAAAGUUUUAGGGCACUUGAUUUUGGAAUUGUAGAUUUGGAAAGGCACUACAAAAGUCGAACGCACUAUAUAGUGCAUAAAGUGCAUUCGCCAUUUUGUAGUGCUGUAUACAGUGCACCAUAUAGUGACUCAGAACCAUUCGGAUCAAUCAUUGCUUUCAGGAUCCAACAUGCCGUCAUCCAUAUCACAAAAUUUGAUUGGAGCCUGACUGUAAGCCAUUUUUAAUGGAUUUGAAUCAACAUUCUGGUCAACGGAAGCCUAUUUCUAAAUCUAUACAAAUGGUUAUGUUACUACAACAAAAAUCAAACUUGAUUAAAGUUUGGAUUAUAACAAACCUACUGAGUUGGUUAGCUCUCAAAAUGCACAUAUUUAGCAGAGUAGUACAGGAAACUGUGGUCCCCAAGGUGGAAAAUCUGCAGAGCUGCAGCAGGGGGGUAAUAUCAGGAAGAUGGAUGAAUGUGGUGACGGAGACCCCGAAAGAUUUCCUUCAAAGCCGCUCAGGCGAGUAUUCAGUGUGUUUUAGUUGUACCUGUGUAAAUCCAGAUGUGUGAACUCCAAGCCUCAAAGGUGUCCUUUUGUGUUUGCUGCCAAACACCUGGCUAUGGUUCGCAACAAUUGCCUUGUUAGUGAAGAGGUAAUUAUGGUUUUGAUUUAAUCCAGCUAGCAGGGGGUUGACCCCCAACGCCUUACAACAUGCAACGGUGUAUUUCCACCGCAAAUCUCUCAGCUGCAACCACAAAUCCCCAGAACACUUCGGAAACAACGUUACCGUCUUCCAAACAAAAGCAGCUUUUCACCUGACUGGAUCCCACCUUUAAAGAGAUUCUGCAUUGUGGUGAUUGAAAUAUAUGCAAGUAGAAACCUGCUGCAACAUUCAGCCAUGAAGCUCAUGCUUGCAGGUGUGAAUUAUGUCAUCAGCAAAAAAAAAAAAAAA